GCAACCCGUGCCCACUUGGCCGUCCCAAGGAGCUGGGGGCACCCAGGAGCUGCUGGUGGGGGAGCAGUUGUCCUAGUGUCCCUGGGCAGAGUGGGAGCCCUCAGCCUUGACCCCGCUGCUCUGCUCUCAUCCCGGCGCCGCCGCGUCCUCGCGUGCUUCCCAUGCGGAGGGCACGAGGCACUCAGCCCCGCGCUGCGGAUCCGGGUGUUGUGCACGGCCUCGGGUCGCGCUCUGCCAGCACGAGCAUCUAUUGCAGAGCUGAAGCAGCGCUCCCAGCACACGGCUCUGUGCAACACGAGGCGGUGAGGAUUAGGGAACUCGCGGUUUAUUCCAGCGCUGGUGCCAUCCUGCCUGCCCUGCAGCACUCCCUGCAGCAAUUCGGGCACCGCCGCCCCCGCUGCUGCCCCAUGGCUCCGCUCCUCCGCGCUGAGCUCUAUUUAUACGCGGGGACGUGGGCUGUGCGAGGACUUGCGGAGCGGUGCAGACCUGCCCAGGUAACCCCGGGCUUUGUGCUGCGGCGUUCGCAGGUGCAGCUCCUCCAGGACGGGCACAGCGCAGGGAGAUGUGUGGGAGGGGCCGGGAAGAGCCGGGCUGGGGGUGUCCCAGUGUUGUGGGGAGUGGGGUGGGAGCUCUGUGGGGUGGUGGGUGCUGCCUUGAAGCCGGGCCGCUGCGGUGCUGUGCGCUGGGGGGAGCGCGGUGAGGCUGCAGCAAACCGCGUCCUCGGUGCGUCAUCCCCACGACGAAGGAAAACCUCAUAGGUGUGUUAAGGGAAUGGAAACCGAGUUCUGUGCAUGGUGGGAGGGUGGGGAUAGAGGGGGCUGCGGGUGCCCAUCCCAAGAACCACCUGCAAUGGGUUCCAGUGGGGUGGUGGCCGAUAGGGAAGUGCAAGGACUCGCACCCGAGAGCCAAAGACCCCAAAUCCAGGGAACAGCCCCCAGCGCAGCGUGCUCGGGACAGCGGUGUGACAGCUGCAAGGGCACAGCCGGGACCCAGCAGGACCCCGACCCGCAGGUCCUUGCAGGCAGCCCCCGUGCAGCCCCUCUCUUCCCUCAGUGAGGAUGUGGCUGUGGCUGCUGGUGCUGCUGGGGCUGUGGCUGCUGCGGCGUUGGCACCGCGGGCGGCAGACGGUGCCCGGCCUGGAUGAGAAGUUUGUGCUGAUCACGGGCUGCGACUCGGGCUUUGGCAACGUGCUGGCACGGCAAGCGAGUGUCCGGGCGUCCCCACUGCCCUGCAGUGCUGGGUCCCGUCUCGGGGCGGCAGUGAUGGCCCUGUCCCCAUUCAGGCGUGAGAUGCGACCCUUCGGGGUGAAGGUCUCCAUCAUCGAACCCGGCGGCUUCCGAACGGGGAUGACCGACCCCAAAGCGACGCUGAAGGAACUGGAGCGCAUCUGGGCACGGCUCCCGACGGAGACCCGGGUAUCCUACGGCCGCCGCUACCUGGAGAUCUACGCCAACCGCAACGCCCUCCUGCACCGCCUGAGCAGCCCGCGCCUGUCCCGCGUCACCGCCCGCAUGCAGCACGCGCUGCUGUCCCGCAGCCCCCGCAGCCGCUACGCCGCCGGCUGGGACGCGCUCCUCUUCCUGCUGCCGCUCAGCUACUGCCCGGCGUGGUUCUGCGAUGCCAUCGUCGCCCUCGCGAUGCCCAAGCCGGAAUACGGCGCCCCGGCACCUCCCUGAGCCGCGUCCCCGCGUCCGUUCCGCUGCUCAAUAAAGGCGCCGCACGCGGGGCUCCCGCAGCGGGAGCGGGACCUCGUUACAAGCGUUUUUCCCUUCUGCAGCAGCAGCCGUUGGGUCCUCUGGGCUCACAGCUCCUCCUGCACUGGGGCUGCGGGCAGCUGCACGCUGCAGAGGGGCACAAAGCCCCGGUGCAUCGCUCCAGCCGUGCCGGGGCCCCUCCAGCAGCUGGCCCCUAACACAGCGCCCACCUCCCCCCCCCCGUGCAUUUGCCGUCCUCGGGAGCUGGGUUCUUUAUGCCCAGCUCCCACCUCCCGCAGCUGCAGGGGGCUGCAAUCAGCUCCAUCCUCCGCUGCAACCUUCAGCACAGGAGGGGAAAGCCCCCACCCCGAGACCCCCCCCUCCUCCCGGCUGCAGCUGCACGGCCCCAUCUGUCCCCGCACUGCGCCCUCGGGGUCCGCUGGCACCGGUGGGUGCUGCUGUGCUUCGGCACAUCGGAUGCGCGGGCGGUGACUCACGCAUCCUUCAUACCUCUAAUUAAGGGAUAAUUAGUGAUGACGAUCUGGGAGAUGGGCCCCCGAGGCUGUGCACUUGCCUGCAGGACUGAGCAGCGCUCGGCGCAGCCUCGCGCCGCCCACCCGCGUCCCUUCUCCCGCUGACGCGUGCGGGGGCCGAGCUCGUGCGGGACCGGGGCGACGCGGGGCGACGCGGGGGGCGAGGAGCCCUCGUGCAAAGCAAAGCGUUCCCGCAGGUUUGGUGUGUGCGGCGUCCCGGCAGCCGGCACAGCAUCGUGUCCCUGUGUGUCCCCGGGGUGAGGGGGCUGCCCUUGGAGCAGCGCUGCCAACAGCAGCAAAGUGCAAACCCCGAGGGAACGUUGGCUCCGGAUUCAGCUCCAUGGGGUAGAAGCUCCCAUGGGGUUUCGCCUCUCCGGGCCCCCCCGCGCUGAGCUCCCUGGGGCCCCUCCACCCCACCCGGGGCCUCUGAGCACGGCCCUUCCGGAGAGGAAGGGGCCCCUUAUCCCAUCGAUCUCCAAACAAAUGGGGCCUUGGGGGGGGAGGGGGGGGAGCGGGGGCCCCGGCACGCAGGGACGAUGCGUUCGGUUCGGCGCGGUGCUCUCUGAGCAUCCUGGUUCUGUUCUGGUGGAGCAGAGCUCGGAGAAGCGGAGCUCCCCCCCCUCUAACUCUCCCCCCAUCCAGGUCCGACUGCCGUGGGGUCACCCGCCCUGCGCAGCCCUUCUGCUGUGCCACCAACACCGGAGCUCUGCUCCUUCCCCGAGCCCCCGGGAAGCAAAACCCCAACGCCGGGAGCUUCCCAGAGCGCAGCGCAUCCGUCACAGCCGGACCGAGUGCGCCGCGCUCAGGAGGGCAAUGCCAACCCGUGGCGUUCCCACGGGGCGAAGCGGGGCGAAGCAGCGCCCGGUUCCUGUUUGCAAACAGUGGAUCCCGAGGGCCGGUACCUGCUCGCUGGCCGCCCGCCCGACGUUGGGAGAGCGCCCACUUAUCAGUGCACGCGCUUCCCUGUUCCCUCGGUGCCUUCCUUCCGAGCGAUUGUCGGUCACGGUGUCUUGUCUGCUCUUGAAAAGGAGAUUUCCUGCAAUUGUUCUGCAGGACUUGCAGCCCGAGGCAAAAACGUUCUGCCCAUCAGCCCCCUCCCCAGCGCGGGGCAAGGCUGAGCCCCGUCCCUUCCCCUGCACAUUGCCCCGUUGUUGCCUGCUGAUUAAUUGCUGCCGGGCAGAGAGGAGUUGCAGUGGGCACGGCCGCGAGCGGCAUCCGGAACGCGGAAAUGUUGCCCCGGGGGGGGGGGACGCAAUGCCCCGA